GUCAGUAGAGGUGCCAGACAAUGCCAAUACCCAGAAUAGAAUAUUCAUCGGUAUAUAACUCCUUGGCCUCAUAAAAACAAAUAUUGUGCGUUCAGUUGUUACUAUUCAGUAGGUCUUUGCUUAACGCUAGGUGAGAUGAAGUUCUUUGUUUUGUUUUUCGUUGCUCUGAUUUUGGCUCUGGCCACUGGUCUUCCUGCCCAAAGUAAAUCGGCCACGAAAAAACCAAAAACAGCAUUCCAGCAAUGUACAGAUUCGUGCGAGUUUAACAGGCAUCUGAGACCAGUUUGUGGGACAGAUGGGAAAAGCUAUCCAAACCCUGGGAUACUGGAAUGUCACAAUCGUUGUGGACACAGUGUUCAGGUAGCUUCUGAUGGAUUCUGUAGAAAGGAUCUCCCAAAGAGCUUAAGGAAUUGAAGGAGUUCAUGCGUGACGUGAAAGAACAUAAAAUUGGAUGAUUCUAUGGUUCAGCAAAAUAGUUAGAAAAUAUUAUUAUAGUGUCAGAUGAAGACCAUUUGUACAUAACUGCAAAAUUUACAUUCAGUGAUAUUUUCAAAUUCAAUUGAAAUAAAGAUUUUUUUUAUUUUAA